GCAGCCGACUGAAACGUCCAGAAUAUAGCAGUGGCAUGCCUGAAGCAGCGGAAAACUACAACUCCCAGAAUACCUUUCACAGGAAUAAACACGAAGAAGCGAGUGCAGCCCCAGGAGCAGUGGUAUGACAUCACAGGAGGCAACAAGAAGGAAGCCCUGACUCUAGACUUUGACUGCCUGACGUCAUUCUCAAAACAGUCCAAUCACGUGCCAGAAGACGAUGCCCGAACGCUGUGUGGCGUAUGGGUGUGGCAAGUCGUGGGAAGAUGGUGUUACUCUGUAUAAUUUCCCUAACAAUGACACAGAGGAGUUUCACAAAUGGGAGAAGCAGGUCCAGCGGACUCGGAGCAACUGGACCGCCUCGCCGAACUCCCAGCUUUGCUGUGAACACUUUGGUAAGGAGUGUUUUGAAAACAAGCCCUACCCCGUCCUCAAGGCUCUCGCUGCCAAAGGACAGCUGAAGCUGAAGGAUGGGGCUGUCCCCACAGUGUUCAUACGGCCCCCCUGCACCUCCUGUGAGGGCUUCGGCUGCAACGUGUGCACCCCCAAAGCCCAGAGACGUGGCGUCCCUGUAGAACCACAGGAAUAUGACACGGAGGAUGUUGAGGGGGGACCUCUGCAGUCGGAUGACACUGAUGCAGAAGAUGACGAUGACGACGAAGAUGAAGAUGAAGAUGAAGAUGAUGAAGAUGAGAUGGAUGAUUCUUUUGGAGAUUACUACUCUGCUCUCACUAUAGAUGACGGACCGGUGGUGUGUGAGAUGUGUGGCUUCAGCGGGACCAGAGACACCUUCUAUUCCAAGACCAAGCGUUUCUGCAGUGUCUCCUGCUCCAGAGCCUACUCCUCCAACUGCAAGAAGUCCUCUAUCCUGGCACGACUUCAGGGAAAGCCUCCCACCAAGAAGGCCAAGGUGCUGAUUAAGACUGCCUGGUCCACCCAGAUGGGAAACAUGAUUGCUUCUCUGGGGAGCAGUCAGGACAACAGCUCCUGCUCUACUGGACAGGAUGUUGCAGCAACAGGAAACUUUGACUGGGGUGCUUACCUGGAGAAGGCAGGCUCUCUUGCUGCUUCAGUGGCCUGCUUCAGACAUGCACCACUCUGUGCCCAGUGGGAUGACAUCACAGUGAGGUUAAAGGUAGAGGUCCUGAACACUAGUGCCAUCCUGCCCAGUAAAGUGUAUUGGAUCGCCAGCAUCAUCCAACUUGCAGGCUAUAAAGCUCGGUUGAGGUACGAGGGCUUUGAGGAGGACAGCAGCCAGGACUUCUGGUGCAGCCUGGGUUCUGGAGACAUGUACCCCAUCGGAUGGUGUGCCAUGACCGGCAAGCUGCUGGUGCCACCACAGGCUGUGCACCAGAACAUCUCUGACUGGAAGGAGUAUCUGAUGAACCGGCUGGUUGGAGCCAGAACUUUGCCUGUGGACUUCUAUAUGAAGCUGGCCGAGAGUAUGAAGUGUCCGUUCCGUACUGGCAUGCGUGUGGAGGUGGUGGACCGCACUCUGGUGAGCCGGACACGGCUGGCAGUGGUUGACACUGUGACCGGAGGCCGCCUAAGACUGGUCUAUGAGGACGGGGAGCAGGAGGCCAAAGGGGAGCCCCUCUCUGAUGUCUGGUGCCAUAUGUGGAGCCCCCUUCUGCACCCAGUGGGCUGGUCCAGCAAAGUGGGUCAUGUCAUCAAACUGGCUGACAUUGACCACCCAACAUUCCGUAAGGUGUACUGUGAUAGCGUCCCCAUGCUGUUUAAGAAGCCCAGGACUGUGUACAUGGAAGGAGGCUUCUUUGAGGUGGGAAUGAAGCUGGAGGCCAUCAAUCCUGUAAACCUGGGCAACAUCUGUGUGGCCACUAUACACAAGGUGCUGUUGGAUGGCUACCUGAUGGUGGGCAUUGAUGGCACAGAUGGGUCGGGUGAUGGGUCUGACUGGUUCUGCUACCAUGCUUCCUCCCAUGCCAUCCUACCCAAGGGAUAUUGCCAGAAGCACAACAUCCAGCUCACACCACCCCCUGGCUAUGACUGGAAAACAUUCUCCUGGGCAAAAUACCUUGAGGAGAAGGGAGCCAGAACAGCGCCAGCACAGCUCUUUAACACGGACGGCUCGGGUCACGGCUUCACUCAGAAAAUGAAGUUGGAAGCUGUGGACCUGAUGGAGCCGUGGCUGGUGUGCGUCGCCACUGUGAGGCGCUGUGUGGGCCGGCUGCUACUGCUGCACUUUGAUGGCUGGGAGCCGGACUUUGACCAGUGGGUGGACGUUCAGUCACCAGACAUCUACCCAGUGGGCUGGUGCGAAGUCACAGGAUACCAGCUCCAGCCACCCAUUGGACCAGAUCCUGUUGCAAGUCGCAAGAAACACAAGCCUAUGGGGAAAAAGAAGAAAAGGAUGGUGAAGAAGAAACUGGCGAACCUCAUCUCCAAGAACCGCCCCCCAAGACGUCCGAGCCAACAGUCUGAACCUGAGGCCGGAACCCCAGAACAGUCAGACCACACAUCCGUCACACAGCAGAUUAAGACUGAACCUGAGGAGCAGGAGAGUGAGUAGACACACAUCCCUCACACAGCAGAUUAAGACUGAACCUGAGGAGCAGGAGAGUGAGUAGACACACAUCCCUCACACAGCAGAUUAAGACUGAACCUGAGGAGCAGGAGAGUGAGUAGACACACAUCCCUCACACAGCAGAUUAAGACUGAACCUGAGGAGCAGGAGAGUGAGUAGACACACAUCCCUCACACAGCAGAUUAAGACUGAACCUGAGGAGCAGGAGAGUGAGUAGACACACAUCCCUCACACAGCAGAUUAAGGCUGAAAUUGAGGAGCAGGAGAGUGAGUAGACACACAUCCCUCACACAGCAGAUUAAGGCUGAAACUGAGGAGCAGGAGAGUGAGUAGACACACAUCCCUCACACAGCAGAUUAAGGCUGAAAUUGAGGAGCAGGAGAGUGAGUAGACACACAUCCCUCACACAGCAGAUUAAGGCUGAAAUUGAGGAGCAGGAGAGUGAGUAGACACACAUCCCUCACACAGCAGAUUAAGGCUGAACCUGAGGAGCAGGAGAGUGAGUAGAAACGCAUCCUGUAAUGACUUCCAGUCCAGCCAUACUAGUAGUUGAUAACUUGGAAGAAAGAGAACAUGCAGAUGUUUAUUGAAUGCCUUUCACUUUUCUUAAUUGCUCAUUGUGUUUGUCCUCUUUUCCUCUCUCUC